AUGUGGGUGCCGCUGCUGCUGCUGCUGCCGGAGCUGCUCCCCGCCGUGCCGGCACAGAAGCUCUCCGCCCUCACGUUUUUAAGAGUGGACCAAGACAAAGACAGAGAAUGCAGCUUGGACUGUGCAGGUUCCCCUCAGAAAUCACUCUGUGCAUCUGAUGGAAGAACUUUUCUGUCCCGGUGUGAGUUUCAACGAGCAAAAUGCAAAGACCCUCAGCUGGAAAUAGCCUACCGAGGCAACUGCAAAGAUGUUUCCAGAUGUGUGGCUGAGAGGAAGUACACCCAAGAACAAGCACGCAAAGAAUUUCAGCAAGUUUUCAUCCCAGAAUGCAAUGAUGAUGGCACAUAUAGUCAGGUUCAGUGCCACAGCUACACUGGAUACUGCUGGUGUGUCACUCCCAAUGGCCGUCCCAUCAGUGGUACUGCUGUGGCCCACAAAACUCCCCGCUGCCCAGGUUCAGUGAGUGAGAAGCUGCCACAACGAGAAGGAGCAGGCAAAACAGUCUCCUUGCAAAUCUUUUCCAUUCUGAAUUCAGAUGAUGCCUCAGCUCCUGCGCUGGAGACUCAGCCUCAAGGUGAUGAAGAAGAUAUAGCUUCUCGUUAUCCUACCUUAUGGACUGAGCAAGUAAAGAGUAGACAGAACAAAACCAAUAAAAGCUCAGCAUCAUCAUGUGACCAAGAACUUCAGUCAGCCCUGGAGGAAGCAAAGCAGCCCCAGAAGGACAAUGUGUUCAUUCCAGAGUGUGCUCAGGGCGGCCUCUACAAACCAGUGCAGUGCCAUCCUUCCACGGGCUACUGCUGGUGUGUUCUGGUGGAUACAGGACGUCCCAUCCCCGGUACCUCAACCAGGUAUGAGCAACCUAAAUGUGAUAAUGGUGCCAGAGCUCACCCAACAAAAACAAAGGAUUUGUACAAAGGGCGCCAGCUUCAAGGUUGUCCUGGGGCCAAGAAGAAUGAGUUCCUAACGAGUGUUUUGGAUGCAUUGUCCACAGAUAUGGUGCACGCAGUCUCUGAUCCAUCAUUGUCUUCCAGCCGUGUUUCUGAGCCUGAUCCAAAUCAUACUCUGGAAGAGAGAGUCGUCCAUUGGUAUUUCAAACAGCUCGAUAAAAAUUCCAGUGGUGAUAUCGGCAAGAAGGAAAUCAAGCCAUUUAAGAGAUUCCUAAGAAAGAAAUCAAAGCCCAAAAAAUGUGUGAAGAAGUUUGUGGAAUACUGUGAUGUGAACAACGAUAAGUCCUUGUCGGUUCAAGAAUUAAUGGGCUGCUUGGGAGUAACAAAAGAAGAAGGUAAAGCAGAAACAAAGAAACGCCAUACGGUCCCUAGAACCAACACUGAGAGCACUUCAUCCAGCAGGCAGCAAGUUUCGAAGAAGCAAGGAUGAACACCUUACUAAUCCAAGGCUGAUCUCUUUGACAUGUGGGAGAUUUCCUCACCAAAAGGCAAUAAAAACAACUGUAGUAUUUGCACUUUGUACUUAAAAAUGUAAAUUCACUUUGUAGAAAUGAA